AUGACAUCAACUGAACAAGCUUCACAUAAAAUACUAUCAGAUAAAGCAGCAUUAAUUCCAUCAUUUUUAAAAACAAAAGGACUCUUCAAUCAGCACAUUGCAAGUUUCAAUUAUUUUGUUGAUGUUGAAAUCAAAAAUAUUGUAAAAGCAAACGAUAAAAUUACAAGUGAUGCAAAUCCAGUCUUUUAUCUCAAAUAUAACGACAUUAACGUUGGAAUGCCAUCAAGCGAAGAAGGAUUUAACAUAAUCAACGAAAAAAUAACUCCACACGAAUGUCGACUUCGAGAUAUGACAUAUUCUGCCCCAAUAUACGUUAAUGUGGAAUAUACAAGGGGAAAUCAGCGAGUUGUAAGCAAAAAUAUUGUUAUUGGAAGAAUGCCUAUAAUGCUACGUUCUUCUCGUUGUGUUCUUUCAAAACUUUCUACUGAAGAGGAAAUGGCUCAUGCGAGUGAAUGCCCUUAUGAUCCUGGCGGUUAUUUUGUUGUGAGGGGUUCGGAGAAAGUUGUUUUAAUGCAUGAGCAAAUCUCAAGAAAUCGAAUAAUGAUUAACAGAAAUUCAAAAAAAGAACUUAUUUGUGAAGUUUUAAGUACUAGUCAAGACAGAAAAAGCAAAACUUAUAUUAUUGGAAAGAAGGGACGUUAUUACUUAAAACACAAUCAAUUGGCAGAUGAUAUACCUGUUGUUAUUAUUUUUAAGGCAAUGGGAUAUGAAUCUGAUCACUUAAUUGCAACAACUGUUGGAAUCGAAGAAGAAUACAUCGCAGCAAUAGGUCCAACAAUUGAUGAAUGUGCUCUUCUCAAUAUAAUUUCGCGUGCCGAUGCCAUAAAAUAUUUAAUUCCACGAAUAAGAAGAAAAACGUUUGGCUCUAUUGGAGUUCGAGUUUCUCAAGAACAUGACGUUUUGGAUUUUUUAAGUAAUUCAAUGAUAUGUCAUAUUCUUUCGCCUGAAGGAAAUAUGAAAAUGAAAGCAAUUUAUAUUGGAUUAAUGAUUAGGAGACUUAUACAAGCAGAAAAAGGCAUUUGUGAUGCUGAUGAUCGGGAUUUUUAUGGUAACAAAAGAAUAGAACUUGCUGGUUCUCUUUUGGCUUUAUUAUUUGAAGAUUUGUUUAAAAGAUUUAAUGGUGAAUUAAAACGAAUAACAGACAGCCAUUUGGGUAAAAAUUUGGCAGCUCCUCUUGAUAUUGUUAGACACAUGAGACAAGAUUUAAUUACAAAUGGAUUAAUAAAUGCUUUAGCAACUGGAAAUUGGACUAUUAGACGUUUCGGAAUGGAACGUCAAGGUGUUACUCAAGUUUUAAGCCGUCUUUCUUACAUUAGCGUUUUGGGUAUGAUGACAAGAAUAAAUUCAACAUUUGAAAAGACAAGAAAAGUUUCUGGGCCUCGUUCACUUCAGUCUUCACAAUGGGGAAUAAUUUGUCCAGCAGAUACACCCGAAGGAGAAUCUUGUGGUUUAGUAAAGAAUUUGGCACUUUUAAGCCAUAUAACUACAGAUAGCGAUGAAACGCCGAUACUUGGUUUAUUAUACAAUUGUGGAGUUCAAGAUUUACGUUCAUUAAAAUUUAAUGUUAUUCAUAAUCCAGCUUAUAGUCUUAUAUUUUUAAAUGGUUCUGUUGUUGGAAUAACUGAUGAUAUUGAAAAUAUUUUGUCUACAAUUAAAAUGAUGAGAAGAAAAGGGUUUUUAAAUCCAUUUGUUUCUGUCAGUAAAAAUGCAAAUUCAAUUCAUUUGGCUUCUGAUGGAGGUAGAUUGUGUCGACCUUAUAUAAUUGUUGAAAAUGGUGUUCCUUUACUUAAACAAUCACAAAUUGAGGCUGUAAAGAAUGGAACAAAAACUUUCGACAAUUUAAUAUCCGAAGGCGUUUUAGAGUUUUUAGAUGUAAAUGAAAUUAAUAAUGCUAGAAUUUCCGUUUAUGAGCAUCAAAUUAUUUCACAAACAACACACCUUGAGAUUGAGCCUUUCACUUUAUUGGGGGUUGUGGCAGGCCUUAUUCCCUAUCCACACCACAAUCAAAGUCCAAGAAAUACUUAUCAAUGCGCUAUGGGUAAACAAGCAAUGGGGAGUUGUGGCUAUAACCAACAGAAAAGGAUUGAUACGGUUUGA